AUGCCGCAUAGAGCGCCCUCACCGGCCGCUUCAGAGAACGAAUUCGACAUCUCAAAGGCCCUGCUCGACGACGGAGCCGGCAGCAGCGAGGACAGACUUGGCAAUGUCAGCGGCAAAAGAAGAGCUAGUGACCGUCAGAAUGUGGGACUGAUGCAAGAGCUGGACGACGAAGAACAAGAUGGAGGGGACACCUAUGCGAUCAGCACCGCGCAACAGGCCGCAAACCGAAAAGCGUCGAACCUCAAGGGCAACACUGUGAAGAAGGGCGGCGGCUUCCAGGCUAUGGGUCUCAACGGAACGUUGCUGAAGGCUAUCACAAGGAAGGGCUUCUCUGUGCCCACGCCUAUUCAGCGCAAGACAAUUCCGUUGCUGCUCGAUGGCCAGGACGUUGUGGGCAUGGCGCGGACGGGAUCCGGCAAGACUGCGGCUUUUGUGAUUCCGGUGAUAGAGAAGCUCAAGAGCCACAGCGCAAAAGUGGGAGCGAGGGCCCUGAUAUUGUCACCAUCGAGAGAGCUUGCACUCCAGACGCUGAAGGUGGUUAAAGAGCUUGGGCGCGGUACGGACCUCAAGACUGUGUUGGUGGUAGGCGGUGACCCGCUCGAGGAGCAGUUCAGAGAGAUGACAAUGGGUAACCCCGACGUGGUUAUCGCAACACCGGGAAGGUUCGUUCAUGUCAAGACUGAGAUGAGGCUGGAUCUGUCCUCAAUCCAAUACAUUGUUUUCGAUGAGGCCGACCGCCUGUUUGAGAUGGGUUUUGCGGCCCAGCUCACGGAGAUCCUUCAUGCGUUACCGACCUCACGACAGACGUUGCUCUUCUCUGCGACACUGCCUAAAUCGCUUGUUGAGUUUGCCAGGGCUGGCCUGCAAGAACCGAAGCUUGUCAGACUCGACGCCGAGAGCAAGAUCUCGCCGGAUCUUGAGAGCGCCUUUUUCACGGUGAAGAGUGCUGAAAAAGAAGGUGCUUUGCUUCAUAUACUCCGGGAUAUCAUCAAAAUGCCUCUUGGUGAGACUGAAGCCGCACGGAAGGCGAAAGAACAGUUGAAGAGCAAUAGCAAGAAGCGGAAGCGGGAUGCCGAAGGCCCUGGCGCCAAGGAAGCUCCGACUCCAGUCUCGACAAUCGUAUUCACUGCCACAAAACAUCACGUUGAAUAUCUGGCGAGCCUUCUUCGCUCCUCCGGAUACGCAGUCUCCUACGUCUAUGGAUCACUGGAUCAGACAGCCCGGAAGAUGCAAGUGCAGGACUUCCGGACCGGUAUGACGAACAUCCUCGUGGUUACAGACGUUGCAGCGCGCGGUAUAGAUAUACCAGUGCUUGCUAACGUUAUCAACUACGACUUCCCUUCGCAGCCGAAGAUCUUCGUUCAUCGCGUUGGUAGGACCGCGCGAGCAGGCAUGAAAGGCUGGAGCUACUCUCUAGUGAGAGACGCGGACAUCCCCUAUCUACUCGACCUGCAGCUGUUCCUGAGCAAAAGAUUGGUACUUGGCAGAGCAGCGACGGACUCAGUGAGUUUUGCUGAGGACGUGGUGGCAGGCAGUCUGGUUCGCGAUAAGAUGGAACGAAGCUGCGAGUGGGUCACGAAGCUGCUCACCGAGGACGACGACCUUGAGGCACUUCGUACAGUGGCCGCCAAGGGUGAAAAGUUAUACAUGAGGACUCGUAAUGCUGCAUCAAGUGAAAGCGUCAAGCGAGCGAAAGAGGUCAUGGCCGGUCCAGGUAUUGCAGAGUUGAACCUGUUGUUCAACGAUAACGUGGAUUUUGUGCAGCUAGAGAGAGAACGGAUGCUGGCACAGGUGAGCGGCUUCCGACCCGCUGAGACAGUGUUUGAAAUCGGGAAGCGUGGAAGCAACAAAUCCGAGGCGGCAGAGAUUAUGAGAAAGAGGAGGGAGAAGGUUGACCCACAGAGACGCCAGGAUGCGAAGGAUCGCGCCGCCAUCGAUGUUUCAGCUGAUAGCGUCCCUGUUGUCUACGGGGAGGCGGACCAGGACGCCGAUGUAGACGCCGACGGUGCUGCGCAACUCGAUCUCGAUCCGGCCUCGGAAGAUGAGCUUGAGGUAACGUUUUCUCAGCCUUCGUCACGCCAGGGAAAAGUGUCCGACUCAUGGGAGGAUUCGGAGAAUUUCAUGUCGUACGUGCCAAGGUCGUUGAACAUGGCUGAAGACCGGGGGUACGGCGUGCAUUCCGGAGGAGAAAAAGCUAGUCACGGCUCGAAUUUCGUGGAAGCGGCGCGUGGUGUAACAAUGGACCUGAACAACGAUGACUCGAAGGGUUUCGGCGAGCCAAGCAAGGCGCGUGGCAUGCGAUGGGAUAAGAAGAGCAAGAAGUACGUUGCACGUGCGAAUGACGAGGAUGGAUCAAAGGGAGCCAAGAUGGUGCGAGGAGAAAGUGGCCAAAAGAUCGCUGCAAGCUUCCGUAGCGGGCGCUUCGACGCGUGGAAGAAGUCGAACAAGAUUGACCGACUACCACGUACAGGAGAGAUGGAGACGCCAUCCAACAACUUCGACCGCGGCAGGCGCUACAAACACAAAGCCGAGAAGGCACCCAAGGAAGCGGAUAAAUUCCGUGACGACUACUACAAGAGGAAGAAAAAGGUAGAAAGUGCAAGGGAGAAGCGUAUUGGCAAGUUCAAGGAUGGCGGAGCCAAGAACGAGCUGAGAGGUGUGGACGACGUCCGUAAGCAGAGACAGUUGAAGGAGAAGCGGAAGGAGAAGAACGCCAGGCCAAUCAAGAAGAGGAAGUUUUGA